AUGGUCACUCUUUUGGCCGGGGUUGGCAACCUCUUCUCGCUCUCUUCUCUUCUCUUGCUCUCAGGCGCCCUGGUCAUAUACUGGGUCCUUUGGAUUGUGUAUACCAGGAACUUCCAUCCCCUCCACAAGAUCCCAGGGCCAUGGCUGGCAUCCGUAAGUCGACUAUGGUACCUGAUCCGGAUUGCUCGGGGAGAUAUGGAACAUGUCCAACGGCGCCUGCAUGCCAAAUAUGGACCACUCAUCAGGAUUGCCCCGAAUGAAGUUGCAUGCGCCUAUCCAGAUGCCAUCAAGACCAUCUAUCGCACCCAAGGAGCUCUCGAGAAGACCGACUUCUACACGGUCUGGAACAACCAGAACUUCAGCAAGCACCCAGAUAUGUUCACAUGUGUCAACGAUAAGGUCCACGCCGAGAGGCGACGCAUCAUCAACCAUGUGUACACUCUGAGCAACGUGCUCAGGUCCGAGGAGUACAUUGAUAAAUGUACCGAGCUGUUCCUCGAGCGAAUGGCCGAGUAUCAGGACGGGAAAAAGCCUUUCGACCUGGGUAGAUGGGUGCAAAUGUACGCGUUCGAUGUGAUUGGCGAACUGUAUUUCGGGCGUAUGUUUGGUUUCAUGGAGACGAGAAGUGAUCAUGAAUCGUGGAUCCAUUCUCUGGACCUGUUGCUACCUUUUCUGUGCAUGACCGCGGUGGUGCCGACAUACGUUCGACCACUGAUUCUCGCCUCGUCGAUCGCCGUGCCUGGGUCUCUCAAAGCCGUGAAGGCUAUCGAUACCAUUGCAACAGCGGCAAGGAAGUGUGCAGCCAAACGUUUUUCUGAAGGGAAGGAGGCAAAAAGUAAAGACAGGACCGACAUUCUCGAGCAGUUGUACACAAUCCACCAGGAGAAGGGCGAAAAGGUCGACUUCAAUAUGCCGGAAAUCGAGCAGGAAGCUUGGAUUGCCUUGUUCGCUGGAUCAGAUACCACUGGCAUUGCCUUGCGCUCCGUCUUCUACCAUCUCCUCAAGAACCCGUCUGUCUACAAGCAACUCAUGCAGGAGCUUGAUCAAGCCGCAGAAAAGGGCGAGCUCAGUUCACCUGUCAAAUACGCUGAGGCCAACAAGCUCCCUCUUCUGUGUGCCUGUAUCAAGGAGGCUAUGAGACUACACCCGAGCGUCGGACUGACCAUGAGUCGCAUGGUUCCUGCUGAAGGUCUUGAGCUUGUUGGGCAAUAUAUCCCAGGGGGAUACCGUGUGGGCAUGAACGCGGCGGUGGUCCACUACGACACUUCCAUCUUUGGACCGGAUGCCGCAGAGUUCCGCCCGGGCAGGUGGCUCGAAGACAACGCAGCCGCCAUGGACAAGUAUAUGCUGCACUUCGGAGCAGGGACCCGCACGUGCAUCGGAAAGAACAUCUCCCUGGCCGAGCUGCACAAGCUGGUUCCAUCUGUGCUGAGGAAAUUCCAGCUCGAAUUGUGGGAGGAGGGUCAAACAUGGCGCACGCACAAUGCAUGGUUCGUCAAGCAGGAAGGUCUUCUGGUGCGCGUCACACCACGCAACAUGUCGAAGUGA